AUGGAUGAGUUAAUUGCUUUAAAAAGCAAUGAAGCUACAAGAAGCUUGAGCAUAAAUUUACAAAAAUUAUGGAGUUUUAAAAUGUAUGAGGAUAUGAUGACGUCGGUAAAUCUAAAUAAAUUAGUGGAAACUCCAUAUAUGAUGGAAAUUAUAGUGUAAGUGUUGCCCAACAUGAUUCUUAAAGCAACUGAGAUUAUUAACAUUAAAUAAACCUUCUUGAAGAAUUUUUCAAAGAUGUUGAAAGAAUUCUACAUAAGUAAAUACAGAAUUCAAAUGUAUAAAUCACAAUAAAAAUGGCAUCUUUAGGAGACAAUAAAUGAAUUUAAUAAAGAAUCUGAAGCAGAAAUUGAAAUUGAUUAUGAUGAAUCCUUGAAAGUUACCCAUAACGAUUUAUAAAAUUUGGAAAUUAUUGAUUACCAUUAAAUAGCUUUAGAAGUUUGGAAUAUUUUGGAAGAAAAUUUGAUCCCUCAAUAAAUGUAAAAUUCUUAAGAAUCAGAGGGAGUGCAAAAAUAACUUUAAACAAUAUUUGAAACUAAACUGUUGCUACCAAAUUAGAUAUCAAAGAUAGGAAUAAUUUAAAAAGAAGGAAUAAUUUAAGUUGCUUAUGAUGCAUUAAAAGAAUACAACCUUACAAUUUACGACUUUUAUUGUGAGUUUAUCAAUUAUUACCAUUUGAAAUAAAUCGAAAAAUAGAGAAACUUAGGAAAAUCUAUUGAUACUGAUCGUUUUCUCCAUGAUCUAUUAGAAUACUCAAUUAGAUUUGCAAAAAUAAUGAGCAAGCAUUAAAUGACAUAAGUUUAAUAUAAGUAGCAAGGAUUUUUAUAUUAAAANAAAACAGUAUUGCUAAUUCAUGGAUUAGCUGGAUCCGGCAAAAGUACUACAGCCAAAAAAAUUGAAGAGUUUAUUUGGAAAUUACAUGAUAGUAAUUAAAAAAUUGGGAAUUAUGUACUAAUACCUGUUUAUAUUUCAUUACCCUCUUUAAAAACCCUAUUUUUUAAGCAGUAGAGGAAUCACUUAAAUAAGAUGAUUAUGGAUUUGAUGAUCUCUAAUUGAAAGAAUGUAAAGAAAUGUUGUAAAAGAAAGAAUUCCGAUUCAUAUUUAUGAUGGACAGUUAUGAUGAAAUGAAGCUAGAGAAUAUUUAGAAAAAUUUAUACAUUAAUAAUAAGUUCAAAUAAAAUUGGUCAGACCCUCUUAUUAUUUUUACCACUAGAAGUGACAUUUUUACUAGCAGCAAUUAUGCCGACUGGUUUGCGCCUGAAGAAAAAUAGAAAUUUAAAGAAAUCUAGCUUCUUCAAUUUGAAUAGAGUUAAAAAUAAGAAUAUCUUAAGAAAUUUACAAUUUAAAGAAUAAAAAUGUUAAUUUUUGAUAUUCAUGAAUGGUAAGUAUAAACUUAAAACCAAAAAGCUCUGGAUUUUAAAAAGUUUGAAUAGAGUUGGGAAAAGAUUUAGACAUCAUUUUUGAAAUUCGAUGAAGCAAGGUGGAAAUCUGAGACUCUUUUGAAUGAAAAAUAAAUAAUUAGUAUUUUAUAAUUUUUCAAGGAUGAUGAGUUAAUUGCUUUAAAAAGCAAUGAAGUAUAAGAAGCUUGA